UACACAGAUUCCUUCAGAAGUAGGAAAGUCCUUGUUUAGUCAGUGAUUUGGAGAAAAGAACUACAAAAGUCCUUUUACUUUUAUUGUUUGCCAUGCAGUAAAUAAAGUAAAUCAUUCUAUCGCAAUCAAAUAAACGCAUGCUCCUGACUUGUUAAUAAGUAUAAGUAAUAAAGUUGCUUAUCAAACCAUGGUCACAGAACAGAAACAGAAAGGUCUUUGGAGUAACCUAAGUAACCUCUCUAAACUGAUCACUGUCGGUGCCUGUGACUCCGUGAGAAACCUGGUUCCUGCUCAGUUUAUCCAUAAAGGGAAGUGAAGAUUUGCUUGUGCAGCACUUUGUUUUUCUUUUCAUGCAGAAGCCGCUGUCAGCACAUACACUUUCACCAUGAACCACUCAGCUGAGCAGUCGCCUUCAGAGGAAAUGGCCCCUGAGAAGUUUGAUGGCGGGACAACGGCAGUGUGUGUGAUCCUCGGUCUGUCCUUCCUGGUAGGAGCUCCGGGGAACCUGCUGGUGAUCUGGACCAUCCUGAGACACGUCAAGCAGCGUUCCCACACUGUGGUGCUCAUCCUGCAUCUGGCUGCUGCAGACCUGCUGGUCCUCAUCACCCUGCCUCUGUGGAUCUACUCCCUGGUGCACACCUGGAUGUUUGGAGAGGCCUUCUGCAAGGCGUUGGUGUACAUCGUCAGUGUGUGCAUGUUCAGCAGCAUCUUCUUCAUCACCCUAAUGAGCAUGGAGCGCUAUUUAGCCAUCUGUCAUCCAUUUGUGAUGAUGCGCUGGAAGACCAAGAGCGUUAUGAACAGGUGUCUCAUAGUUUUGUGGCUGCUUGCUUUGCUUCUAGGAGUGCCUGCUGUGCUGACUCAGCCUUUGGAUGGAAGUGAUGGAGAAGAGCAGUGUUUUAUGAAGGAGUUCAGCUCUGUGACUCAAGCGGUCAUCUUGUUAUGUCUGGAGACCUUUGGGGGCUUUGUAGCUCCUUUCAUCAUUCUCAGUAUCUGUUACUGUCUAGUGGCUGCCCAGCUCAGGAAAAUGAGUUUCAACUCCAAACAGAAAUCCAUGUUCCUUGUACACGCCGUUGUGGUAGCCUUCACACUGUGCUGGUUGCCCUACCAUGUCAUCAACAUCAUUGAUCUGGUUUGCAUCCUAGGAUCAGGCACAGAACAUGAAUGUGUGCCGGAGAGCUUUGUCUUCAGCUCUGGUGCUCUUGUUUUCAUCAGCAGUUCAGUGAAUCCUGUGUUAUACACCCUCUUCGCGAGGAACUUUCGAGGGAGUCUGGAGAAGUCCCGGCUGGUCAGGCUGUUCCAGGAAAUGGCUACUCACACUAACAAGCUGAGGGAGCUGGUAGUACAACAGCCGACUAGCCAGGGGGCAGCAAAUACACAAGUAGAGCUGAUGCCGUCUGAUUGAGAAAAAACACUGAAUCCCUGAAAAUGUGAUGACGGGGAAAUGUGACAUCUGCAGUUUAUUAAGGGACUAUACUUUAUUAUGUAUACGAUCUAAGGCUUUAAAAGCCUAUAUGUCACAUGUAUAAUAGUGCUGACAAUGGUAACAGGUUAUGAUUCAUAUCAUUAACACAUACCUCCCAUCUUCCACAUUUACCCGCAGAUGAUGCAAGCAAACACAAUCUUUAUGUGUUCCUCAGUUAUGAUGAUAAUAUAUUGCUGUAUAGUUUUAAAAAUCCUGUAAUGUGAAAUGUAUUACAAUUAAUUUAUGACUUGAAAAAUUAAAUGACACCUCUAGAUUAAUCCAUCAAUACAUCCAUCCAUUUUCUUCCGCUUAUCCGGGGCUGGAUCGCGGGGGCAGCAGGCUUAGCGGGGUAUUCCAGACGUCCCUCUCCACAGCAACGUUUUCCAGCUCUUCCUGGGGGAUGCUGAGGCGUUCCCAGGCCAGACCAGAUAUAUAAUCUCUCCAGCAUGUUCUGGGUCUACGCCGGGGCCUCUUACCAGUUGGACGUGCCCAGAAAACCUCCAGAGGGAGCCUCGUCCAGGAGGCAUCCUGAUCAGAUGCCCAAUCCACCUCGUGAAGGAGCAGCGAUCCUACUCGGAGCUCCCUCCGGAUGUCUGAGCUCUACAACCUAUCUCUAAGGCUGAGCCAAGCCACCCUACGGAGGAAGCUCAUUUCGGCCGCUUGUAUCCGCGAUCUCAUUCUUUCGGUC